CCCACCUGGUCUUCAUCAACACUGACCAAUCAGGGGUUUUUCCUUAUAUCUACCAGGAAGUCAUCGCAGAAACUUUAGUGGAGAGGGAGAAGGCAAGUAAAGACAAGAAAGACAUAAUAAUGUCACUAACGGCUUUGAAAACCACAUACAGACUGAGGUCCCUGUGCAGACUGCAGCGGAUCCAGGGACACAUGAUGUCCAGUCAUGUGGAGCCAGAGGUUUUGCUGGAGAAAGUGGGCAGAGCUGGCGUGAUCACUUUGAACAGACCCAAAGUCCUGAAUGCCCUUAACCUGACCAUGAUCCGACAGAUCUACCCUCAGCUCAGGAAAUGGGAAAACGACAAUGAUACGGACAUUGUCAUUAUCAAAGGAGAUGGUGGCAAAGCCUUCUGUGCUGGUGGAGACAUCAGAGCGGUCACAGAAGCCGGGAAGGUCGGUGACUCACUUGCACAGGAUUUUUUCCGUGAGGAAUACAUUCUCAACGAUGCUAUAGGAUCGUGCAGGAAGCCAUAUAUCGCCCUUAUUGAUGGAAUAACAAUGGGAGGGGGCGUUGGUCUGUCGGUUCACGGACGGUUUAGAGUGGCCACUGAGAAGACGCUGUUCGCCAUGCCAGAGACAGCCAUUGGGCUUUUCCCUGACGUGGGAGGUGGCUAUUUUCUGCCGAGGCUCCGGGGCAGACUAGGUCUGUUUCUGGCUUUGACAGGUUUCCGUCUCAAGGGACGCGAUGUGCACAGAGCUGGAGUGGCUACUCACUUUGUCGAGUCCAAGAAGAUCCCAGACAUGGAGAAGGAGCUGGUGGACCUGACGUCUCCCUCUCCUGAAGACAUCAGCAGAGUGCUAGACACCUACCAGACCAAGAGUAGUCUGGAUUCAGAGAAGCCUUUUGUUUUGGACAAGCACAUGUCUGAUAUUGACCGGUUGUUCAGCUCCGGCAGUGUGGAGGGAAUAAUGCAGAAUCUGAAGGCAGACGACUCUGAAUUUGCUAAGAAACAAAGCGAGACAUUGUCCAAAAUGUCUCCCACCUCCCUGAAGAUCACCUACAAGCAGCUGCAGGCGGGUGCCUCUCUGAGUCUGCGGGACGUGUUGGUGAUGGAGUAUCGACUGUGCCAGGCCUGCAUGAGGGGCUGCGACUUCUAUGAGGGUGUAAGAGCCGUGCUGGUCGACAGGGACCAGAAUCCCAGGUGGAGCCCGUCGACACUGGAGGAGGUGUCUGAGCAGAGAGUGCAGCAGUGCUUCUCCUCACUGGGAGAGAGGGAUCUGACUUUCUGAUGCCCCCUUCAACCAGCAGCUGUUUCCCACACUUACCAUUCUGUAAACAGCUGCUUCCUGUCCCAAGAUCCCUGUAUGGCCAUCUGAGAGGACUGUACUACUGAGGACGGGAUAGAGACUGUUAUUUUAGGACAAGUGCAUUCAUUGCUCAUACUUACAUGGUUUGAUUCUGUACUUUAAUACUGUAGAACUUUUUCUAUUCACCUGGUGACAUUUACUGGCAAUUUCAGAUGUUUACUGGCUGUUAUCACGCAGCUGUGGAAGAGGUCUGAUUAACACUCACAGCCAAAAAUGGAGGAUCGUAUAGAAGAGGUAGCUUACAGACAGUGUGAAAAUGUUUUGUGUGGAUUUGCUACGCAGAGGAAGUGGAGUCUGAAGCUGUUGAGCAGUAACUCUGUAUCUGCUGCAGCCCAGCAGCAGCGAUGCAUUACAGUACCGUGAGGACAUGGGCAGGAAAAGCGAUCUCACCACUGAGUGCUUUAUUACAUUUCCUGUGGGUAUUAGUUGAUGUGACACAGAUCAGCAUAAUUUCACUAGUUUACCUCUUUUAACAGUUUUUACCCAUUUAGUGUGGUCUGUUUUCACAGAUGUAACCUGAUUAAAACGGCUCUUCUCACCCAAGUCAGGGGGAAGUUUAUAUUAACAUUUUUUCGGAAUGCAUUUACAUGAUUGUUGCACUGCAUUAUGGAAGACAAAUGUUGCUUCGGCAGUCUGAAAUAUAUGUGAUAUAGUGUUGCAAUGUUAUUGAGGACAUUUUCUGAUACAGUUGUUUUUUGUGUAGGAAUCAAAUCACCUCCCAAACAUUAGUUUUCAUUAGCUGCAUUAUUUAUGAGGCAACCAGACCAGAGUGAGAUUAGGGCAUUUAUUCUGUAAUGUAACAUGAAAUUCUAUCGUAGAAAUCGUAGACCAUGUAUUUACAACUACAGUUAUAGGGUAUUGGGGGGUUUUUUAUAACCUCCUAAAGUCUUGUAAAACAAUGAAUGCCUUGGUGCCUUAUCAGUAGUGAUGUAAUGACGUCCAAAAGAAAGUAAACUUCCAUUUUAAUUGCA